GCCUCCCAGCCCCCAGCCGAAGCGAGAGCGAGAGCGAGCGGAGCCCCUCUCCCUCCCUCCCUCUCCCCCGGCACAGCCAAACGACGAGUCAGAAACAGCGCGAAACCCAGACGCGCGUUAGAGUCAGUCUACCGAGCUUAUCCCUCCGCCGUCCUCCUCCGCCUCUCGUCUCCUUCACAGUUCACACACACACACGCCCUGUCAGUCAGCCAGUCAGCCAGUCAGUCAGUCGGCCGGUCAAGCCAAGCCGCCCGCCUCCGCUUCUAUCUCGCCGCCGCGUGCCCGCUCCCGGUUCGCCCCCCCUGCUCCCUCUCUCUCUCUCUGUUCGUGUGCCUGCUCUGCUCUGCUCUCCCGAACCCCGGUCACCACCAGGUGAACCAGCCCAGCACCAGCCACUCGAUAUAAACGCACGUACUCUUCCCGCAAAGCAGCACUGUACCCUAGCUAGUAAGUACCUGUGAGCCACCUGCGACGCGUCGAGACAUGGCACUCACGGCGCUCGAGACCGCGGAGCGGCGCCUGCCGUGCCACGCCGAGCAGGCCGACGCCGGCGGCAAGGUGGUGGCUGCUGCUGCUGCUGAGCAGGCCGUGCCGCUGCAGGAGGCGGACCACGGCGGCCGUCUCGAGAGGGACGACAUAUGGAACAUGAUCCAGUCGCAGAAGCCCGCGGCCCCGGCGUUGACGCCGAAGCAGGCGCCGUACGUGCCGGCCCCCGUGCGCCGCUCCUCCAGCCUGCUCACCCAGAAGAGCCUGGAGAUCUGCACAGAGAGCCUCGGCUCCGAGACCGGCUCCGACGGCUUCUCCGACGCCGCCGACCGCUCCUGCCCGGGCUCCGACGACGACGACGGCGAGGGCGGCGCCGACGGGGUGGCCGCGCGCGCCAUGCCGCCCCGCGCGUUCCCGCCGCCGCUGCCCUCGCUGGCGCGCCGCACCGUCGGGUCGCUGCAGAUGAGGCAGCACCGCCGCGACGGCCGCCUCGUCGUCGAGGCCGUCCCCGUGCUGUCCAACACCCUGUUCCGCGCGCAGCGCCGUGGCGGGCGCCUGCUCCUCUCCUUCGCUGACACCGCCGCCCCGGCCGAGGACGAGGGGAAGAACCGCGCCCAGGAAGCCGACCAGCAGCAGGCCGACGAGCAGACCCGCGAGGAGGAGGAGGAGGAUGACGGCGAGGAGGAGGUCCAGGUCGUGGACAGAGGCACCGUCGUCGAGGUCAAGGUCAGUACGCAGCCCCAGGCGCACAACAGUGGGGCGCGGGUGCACCGCUCCUCGCUCGUCAUCAACAAGUUCGUCGGCGCCGAGCCCGUCAACGCCUCCGAGAUCAAUGACACCGCCGCUGCGCCGCAGCAGUCGCCCAAGCCUCCGAGCAGUUCGGAGGCCGCAGCUCCGGCUCUAAGCGCGACCGCGACGCUGCCUGGCCCGGAAGACGACGGCAGUGCUGCCACGCCCUGCGAGGGCAAGGUGCUGAUGACGACGAGGAGGCGGCGGAGCAAGCAGGAGCUCCUCAACCACAUGCGCCGGUGCGGCCAGCUGAGCGGGCAGCUCUUCAUAUGGGAGCCGCGCGUCGCCACCUCCUCCUGAGCCGAUCGUCGCGCACGGCGCGCCGCCGCCGCCGCCGCCUCCUGAUGCCGCCCGAUUCCAUGCCUCCACGAGUGCCCUGUUUCUGUUUGUUUGUAGCCGUUGCUGCUGCCGGUGUAACGUAAGCGUGCGUAAUAUAUGGAUGUUUGUGUUAGUAGUAAGUGAUAAUCACGUCACGUGAUUGGCUUAGCCAUAUGAGCGAGUGAGAGUGAGAGAGGUGGUAGAUUGCUUUGGUUUAUCCCCGUGCCUCCGCGCACGUGUUGUAUCUACUUGCGUGCUAUCCAGUGGUCAUAAUUUAAGAUAAACAUGAAUGUUUGUGUGAUUC